AGAGAGCACAAGCAGGGGGCUUGUGCUGAGCAAGGAGCCCGAUGCGGGACUCGAUCCCAGGACCCCGGGAUCAUGACCUGAGCCGAAGUCAGACGCUUAACCGAUUGAGCCACCCAGCAUCCCAGUUUGCACUAAUUUUUAUCAGAUAAAUAGAGACUUAAUGUGUCAUCAGCAUGGGCAUUACAGGGAAAAACCUAUUUGCUGUCCCUGUCCUUAAGGACUUAUGGCCGAAGAGGAGCAAUGAAGUAGGCAUUCCUGGGCAAAAAAGAAACAAGCAAGCUGAAGCGAUUUGGAGUGACAAGGACACUGGCUUUUGGGUCAUGUCAACCAUGGUUUCAUUAUUCACUAGCUCUGUGAUCUCAGGCAGAUUCCUUACCCUCUCGGAGCCUCAGUUUUUUUCUUGGGUAAAAUGGAGAUGAUGACAGUUUCCUCCCAGGACGGCUGGAAGGAUUAGAUGAGGUUUUGUUUGUGAAGUGCCUCAGCAGCUGGCACCUGGAACUCGUAAUUCCUUUCCCCCGUCCCCUUGUCGGUGGGCUCGCACAUUGGGCUACGUGUGUGACCCAGACGUUACAUGUAGAAGUUCAAAUGAGGACGAGCAGUGGCGGCACGAGGGCAGGAAGGGGAAGGGGAGGGCUGCCAGGCACAGAGUGCGGUGCAAUGUGUUUUGUUGAGUUAACAAAAGAAUGGACAGAUGUCACAUUGGCUGUGCCAGGUGGUUUACAUAUAUUAGAUCAUACAAUCCACCCCCUUAUGAAGAUAACAUCUCCUUUUAUAAGUGAGAAAAUGGAGGCUCAGAGAGGUGAAGGAAGUUGCCCAAGGGCGCAGAGCCAGGCUUGUCGGAUAUGGGUAUCCACGCUCUUAGCAUCAGUCAGGGGAGGUCACCGAACUGCAAAGGGACAGCCUAGCUGGUGCCAUCAGUGGCCGUGAGAGAGGAGUGCGGGUUUGAAACGUGUCCUGCAGCGGACAGGUGGGAAGGGACGAGAGAGGCUGAAAGCUCAGGCCUCGUUCUUUCCAUGUCCCUAGACUACAACUCUGUGAACUUUCUGAUGAUCAUCGUGAUUUUGCUGGUCAUCCUGCUCCUGGUGGCCCUCACCGGCUUCUGCGUGUGGAAGAGGAAGAGGAAGCAGUCGCAGACGAGCCCAGCGGAACCUCUGACAGUUUAUGAAGACAUCAAGAACACGCAGAGCAGGAGAAAUCAAGAGCAGAGGCAGAACCCCUCUGGAGAAGGAAGCACCAUCUACUCCAUGAUCCAGUCCCAGUCUUCUGCUCCCACAUCACAAGAAGCAAAUACGUUGUACGCAUUGGUACAGCCUUCCCAGAAGUCUGAAUCCAAGAAGAAGAACCAGAGCUCUUCCGUCAGUUAUACUGUCUACGAAGAGGUUGGAAGGAGACCACUCAAAGCCCAGAACCCUGCUCGACUGAGCCGCAGGGAGCUGGAGAACUUCCGCGUGUAUUCCUAGUCCCUGCAGCUGUUGUCUCUUACGUCCCAGCCUUGCUUUGGGCGUCAGCACCGUGGAUGAGACCACAUGAGUCUACGGAAUGGGGCACAGUCUAGGGAGGACAUGGGAGUGUGUGUAUAGUCUAUGUCUUGUCUCGAAAAUGAUUUCUCAUAAGAGCAAGACUGUUAAAUACUAUCUCUGCACUUCUAGACUGGUCGAGGAUGGGCAGAGAGGUUGCCUGUUCAUAAAAGACUGCAAAGCAAGUUUAUCAAGUGCUAUGCAAAUAUAGGGCGUGCUAUUAUUAGCAUCAAGAGCCCUUCCCCUGGUUUCCUAACGUGUUACUCAUCUUUCCUCCUCUCUAAUCUGGAAUGGCCACAUUUCUAGACCCUCCCCUUGCCCAGGCCCAUCUUCCAAAGAGGAAGGAAAGAUCGUGGUGACUCAGAGGAAGAGAAACAGCCCCCCUCUGUGAGAAAGCCUACCUAGCUGUGAGCUGCCAGCAGGGACACAGGCCAAGGGGCCCAGGCCGAGGCUUUACUCAAAUACAGACGAAAAACUCCCCCAGCACGUAGUAAACGUUAAACUCUGGCCACUUGGUCGCAAGGGAGAGCGGGCAGGAGUGAGAGGACAUGGUGCCGUCCUGAGAACUGCACGGUGAGACCAGCUUUGCCCACGGUGUGAUGUAUGAUUUACACACAGACGAUUAGAAUCUACUUAAGCUUCUUCACACAUUCUUCACAGUUCGAAACCAUAGUCUAAGUUCUGAGUCCUGAUGAGUGCUCCCCACGGCAUGUGCUGGAGGAAGGGCUCAGCCGGCUGAGCAGCUGGGAACUAGACAGUCUUCUGGGCUCCGCUCCGUCCUCAGGCCAGACUCUUCCAUGAGGCUGUGGGGACCAGAGUGGAGAGAGACUCUGGAUGAGACCAGGAAGGGGCUGAGUGUGAACUGGAAGAGGUCCUACUCAGAGACCCCAACAGGGGCUAUUGCCUGGUUCUUCAAUUGCCCGGCUCUGUAUUUAAUGUACGAAUUUAAUAUAAAACUAUGCUGUUAUUCAGUGGUGUUCUAAAUGUCUUUUCUGAGUUACAUUUCUGUGUCCCGUCCAUAUUCUGUACUUUUCCUCUCUAUAGCGGCCAAAGGGCACUUGUGUCCAUCAAUAAACACAUGUCUGUUUAAUUCUU